AUGGUCGACAAAAUCAAACCAUACAAUGAUCCCCGGAUCUCGUAUCGCUCCGCCCACCUGAAUGGGUUCACGUACGGCUACAUCUACAGCGAAGCCUCACCGUCGGUCCCGUCGCGAGGCACCAUCUUCUUGGUCCACGGCUUCCCCGACCUGUCGCUGGGGUGGCGGUACCAGAUCCCGUUCCUGACGUCGCUGGGCCUCAACGUGGUGGCCAUCGACUGCAUGGGCUACGGCCGGACCGACUCACCGGUCCACACGCUGUCCGCGUACACUUACAAGCGUGUGUCGGACGACAUCGCGACUCUCGCGUCCCAGCUGCACCUCUCCCGAAUCAUCCUCGGCGGCCACGACUGGGGCGGUGCCAUCGUCUACCGCGUGGCUCAAUACUACCCGCGCCUGAUCACGGCCGUCUUCAGCAUCUGCACGCCUUACUUCCCGCCGUCACCUCGCUACGAGCCGCUCGGCAUCCAGGUGCAGACCAAGCUCCCCAACUUCGGAUACCAGCUCCACUUCGCGUCCGGCGAGAUCGAAGCGCACGUGCAGCGAUCCAAGCCGGCCAUCCGCGCGUUCUUGAACAACAUGUACGGAGCACGCACGCCCGAGAACGAGUUCGCCUUCUCCGCCGAGACGGGCAUCGACUUGGAUCGUCAAUCGCGCGUCGGCAAGAACAAGCUCCUCGACGACGACGAGAUGGACUACUACGUGUCCGAGUACGCCCGCCACGGCCUGAACGGGCCCCUGAACUGGUACAGGAACCGCGAGGAGAACUACAUGAACGAGUGGCGCGACUUUUUCGACGCUGGGAAGAAGGAGAGAUCUCCCGAGCAGAUCCAGCGGGACUUGACCAUCAAUCAGCCUGUGCUGUUCGUGCUGGCGACAAAGGACCAGGCGCUCAAACCGUUCAUGGCGGAACGGAUGGCCGACCGGAUCCCGAACCUCACGCGACGUGAAGUCGUAUCGGGUCACUGGGCAUUGUGGCAGCAGCCUGAGCAAGUGAACAGACACAUUGGCGAGUGGUUGAAGGAGAAGGUGUUUGACAAGGUGGUGGGGGAUGGUAGUAAGUUGUGA